UUUUUUUUUUCGCACAAAAGAAGGCUAUAUAUAUUGCAUGAUCCUUCUAUCUCUCAUCUAGUCGAUUUCGAGCUUUGGAUAUAAACAUCUCCAAGUGGCUUUAUUGGACACAAAUUUGUAUUAAUCGGGCUCAAAUAUAAGUUCGAAUAAAAAUCAAAAACAGAAAAAGAUUCUUCUAUCCUUUUUAUGUAAGUUGCUUCACUUCUUUAUCCCUUUGUCCUAGUCAUUAUCAUUCUGUAACAACACAGUCAUCUUAACAAAAUUCAAAUACAAAAAUCUCUCAUCCUCUUCAUCCAUUCAGCCAGCGCAUCUUAGCUCAACGUCAACCAUUUCAUCUACGCUGCGCAUUUCACUCUUCACAUUGUUCACGUAGAAUUGCAUUUCCGGUUACUAUAAUGGGAAUUGAUUACUAUAACAUACUGAAAGUAUCUCGUAAUGCGAGUGAAGAAGAUUUAAAGAGAUCGUAUAAGCGAUUAGCAAUGAAAUGGCAUCCGGAUAAGAACAAUCAGAACAAGAAAGAAGCAGAAGCGAAAUUCAAGCAGAUCUCUGAGGCGUAUGAUGUGCUUAGUGAUGUUCAAAAGCGUCAGAUCUAUGAUUUGUAUGGCGAGGACGCGUUGAAGUCUGGUCAAUUUGCAUCUCCGACUAGCACUGGCAGUGGCAGUGGUAAUGGUAGAGGGUUUAGGUUCAAUACGCGUGAUGCAGAGGAUAUUUUUGCUGAGUUUUUCGGUGGAUCGGAUGGUUAUAGUAGUAGUUCUGGUGUCGGAAUAGAUAAGAAGGCGGCACCGGUUGAGAAUAAACUUCCGUGUAGCUUGGAGGAGCUUUACAAGGGAUCUAAAAGGAAAAUGAAGAUCUCAAGGAUUCUUCUUGAUGACUCCGGCAAGCCUACAACUGUUGAAGAGGUCUUAGCAAUACACAUCAAACCUGGUUGGAAGAAAGGCACAAAAAUAACUUUUCCAGAGAAAGGGAACUAUGAACAUGGAGCUGCCCCUGGUGAUCUUGUUUUUGUGAUAGAGGAAAAGCCACAUGCUGUCUUCAAGAGGGAUGGAAAUGAUCUAGUGAUCAAUCAGAAAAUUUCCUUAUUAGAUGCUCUCACUGGGAAAACUAUUGGUUUGACCACUUUGGACGAAAGGAAACUCACAAUACCAAUCACAGAAGUUGUCAAACCAGGACAAGAGCUGAUAAUCCCAAAUGAGGGAAUGCCAAUAUCCAAGGAACGUGGCAACAAAGGAAAUUUGAAGAUCAAGUUUGACAUUAGAUUUCCAUCAAGGCUAAGUGCAGAUCAGAAAUCUGAUCUCAGAAGGGUGCUGUGCAGGAGCAUUGACUAGUCCUACAUUCAACUUAAGGUGUCACUAACACUAGCUUGGAGGUGCUGCGGAAUGUAAAUACUUUAAGGUCUUCUGUAGAAAUGAAAAUGUGCAUAUUAGGAUAUAGUCUUCAGGAUGCCUUUCAACGUUUACAAAUAGUAAGCGCCAAAAGAGGAGCUAAUGUAGCAGCUAUUAUAUCUGCUUAUAUUUUCUUUUGUUGGAUGUAAAAGCAGUAAGUAGUUAAAUAUCUGUGUUUGAUUUGGAGGUGGAUCCUAUAUAUCAAGUAUUGUAGUUGCGAGUAGUGGCACUGUGUUCUAAAUUGUGUCGUCCAUCUAUGGCAGACCUUUGAUGAAUAUAUUGCGUUGAACCUUUUAGCAUUGGUA